GAGUUAGGCAGGGCUGUAUAUUAUCACCAACCCUUUUUAGCCUGUAUACAGAGGAGCUAGCAGCCAGGAUGAGAAGAAUGAAUGUAGUGGUAAGUGUGGGGAAUGAUAAAGUAUGUGUGCUCCUUUAUGCAGAUGAUGUAGUUGUUAUGAGUGAAUUGGCAGAUGAGCUUCAAAGUUUGUUGGAUGUAGUGGAUGGCUAUGGUAAAGACUUUGGAGUAAGGUUUAGCAGUGAGAAAAGCAAAGUAAUGACUGAAUAGGUCAGAGGAUGAAAGUAAUGUGGUAUGGAGACUUGGAGAGAAUGAGUUGAGACAGGUGCAAGAAUACAAGUACUUAGGGAUGUGAAUGAGUCCUAGUGGGUGUGCAAAGGUAAAGAAUGAAAAAAAUAAGUAUGGUAAACCAGUGGGUAGGUCGAUUGGGAAGCGCGGCAAGGAUGAGAGCAAGUAAGUAUGAUGUGUUGAGAGAAGUGUGGAAGAGUUUGGCUAUGCCAUGUAUAAUGUAUGGUAUGGAUGUGAUUGCAUGGAAUGAAAGUGAAAUUGAUAAGUUAGAAGUGGGCCAGAAUAGAGUAGCAAGGAUGGCACUGAGUGCACCGAGGUGCACAGCUGUUGAAGCCUUGAGAGGUGACAUGGGAUGGAGCACCUUAGAGAAAGACUCACAAAAGCCACACUUGGGUGAAAGAUCAGGCUUGAGAGAAUGGAUGAUGCAAGAUUAGCAAGGAAGGUGUACCUGUGGAAUGAAAGUGGAAGCAAAUGGAGGAAGAGAUGCAUGAGAAUGACAGACAGGAAUGGAUUGCAAGUUGUGUGGGCGAUAAGAAUGGCUGGGAGGAAUCAAAAUGAGCGUGAAUGGGUGGUAACAAGACGAGGCAGAGUGGGAGCCGAAUGGGAUGUGAGAAAAUGGAAGAAUGAGAUAGACAAAAAAGUGAAAUGUGUGGGACUGAAUGAAUGGAGGAAUGAAAUGGAAAGAAAGAAGACCCUGGAAUGGUACAAGGAGAAAAGGCCCCGAGGUAUGAAAGGUGGUAUGAUGGAAGCCUGGGCGGUGAUCUUCUCUUCCGAGCGAGGGCACAGUGUAUGGAUGUGAAUGCAAGGAGUUACAGGUGGUCUGAGUCUCGCAGCAAAGUGUGCCAGAUGUGUGACAUGGGAGAGGAUGAGACGGUGGAACAUGUGGUGCUGGAGUGUGUGAAGUAUGCCAGAGACAGGAAUGAGAUGAUGCAAGUGAUACUGACUGAGUUAGGGCAUGAUAGGAAUGAAAGAGUGGAGAAGACAGGAAAGGAAUGGAUGGUGGUGUUGCUGGGACUGUGUAGAGAGGCGAAUGAAAGGAUGAUUGAGGCGGUGAAAGAGUUUCUGGAGAGAAUGUGGCGUGCCAGGUGUAUGAACAAUUAGGAUAGAGGAUACUGUUCGUUUCUCUUUUUUUCCCCCCUUCUACAGGAGUUGCCGAUCCAAAGGCCUAGCUCAGGAGUGAUCCUGUGCCAUCUGUACCAUCAAGAUCAAGAUCAAGAUCGGGAAUCUGGGAGGCAACCAAAGGGUUCUGGUAAGAAGUAGGUGGGGUAGGUGAGAUGUUUAGUGUGAGAGAAGGAUAUGUGACACUAGAAAGGAAGAAUGCAGAUGAAGUGGAUGAAAGAAUCAGCAAGGAGGAAGCGGAAAGGUGUGUGAGAUGGCAGAAGAAUGACAAGGCAGCAGGUCCAGAUGACAUACCGUAUGAGUUUUACAAGAAUAGUGGGGAGGUAGUGAUUGAUAGAAUGACUGAAUUAUUCAACCGAGUGUGGGAUGGAGAGAGAGUGCCAAAAAAGUGGAAUGAGAGCCGAGUGUGUCUGUUGCAUAAGGGAGGAUUUAAGAGUAAGAAUGAGUUGAACUACAGGCCAAUUGCAUUAGUGAAUACAGUAGGUAAAGUUUUCAGUGCAGUGUUGAAUGAGAGAUUGUGUAAAUGGAUUGAGAGAGAUGGAGUGCUGGGUGAAGAAAAGAAUGGAUUUUGUGUGGAUAGGAGAGCUGAGGACUAUGUUUGUGGUGAAUGAAAUGAUUGAGAAGAAAAAGAAGGAUGGGGCUAAGUUGUACCUAUGUUUUCUGGAUAUAGAAAAAGCUUAUGGUAGAGUGAACAGAGAAAUGCUAGGUAGAGUCUUUGAAAAGAUUGGAUUGAGUGCAAAGAUAGUUAACAUAGUGCAAAGUAUGUAUGUGGACACAAGAGCUAGAAACAGACUGGGUGAAGAGUGAGAGAGGAGUUAGGCAAGGCUGUAUAUUGUCACCAACCCUUUUUAGCCUGUAUACAGAGGAGCUAGCAGCCAGGAUGAGAAGAAUGAAUGUAGGGGUAAGUGUGGGGAAUGAUAAAGUAUGUGUGCUUCUUUAUGCAGAUGACAUAGUUGUCAUAAGUGAAUCAGCAGAUGAGCUUCAAAGUUUGUUGGAUGUUGUGGAUGGCUAUGGAAAAGACUUUUGAGUAAGGUUUAGCAGUGAGAAAAGCAAGGUAAUGAUUGUGAAUAGGUCAGAAGAUGAAAGUAAUGUGGUAUGGAGACUUGGAGAGAAUGAGUUGAAGCAGGUGCAAGAAUACAAGUACUUAGGGAUGUGGAUGAGUCCCAGUGGGUGUGCAAAGGCAAAGAAUGAAAAGAUAAGUAUGGUAAACCAGUGGGUAGGUCGAUUGGGAAGCGUGGCAAGGAUGAGAGCAAGUAAGUAUGAUGUGUUGAGAGAAGUGUGGAAGAGUGUGGCUGUGCCAAGUAUAAUUUAUGGUAUGGAUGUGAUUGCAUGGAAUGAAAGUGAAAUUGAUAAGUUAGAAGUGGGCCAGAAUAGAGUAGCAAGGAUGGCACUGAGUGCACCGAGGUGCACAGCAGUUGAAGCCUUGAGAGGUGAUAUGGGAUGCAGCACGUUUAGGGAAAGACUCACAAAAGCCACACUUAGGUACAAGAUUAGGCUUGAAAGAAUGGAUGAUGCAAGAAUAGCAAGGAAGGUGUACCUGUGGAAUGAAAGUGGAAGCAAAUGGAGGAAGAGAUGCAUGAGAAUGACAGACAGGAAUGGAUUGCAAGUUGUGUGGGCGAUAAGAAUGGCAGGGAGGAAUCAAAAUGAGCGUGAAUGGGUGGUAACAAGAGGAGGCAGAGUGGGAUGUGAGAAAAUGUAAGAAUGAGAUAGACAAAGAAGUGAAAUCUGUGAGACUGAAUGAAUGGAAGAAUGAGGUGGAAAGAAAGAAGACCCUGGAAUGGUACAAGGAGAAAGGGGUCCCGUGGUAUGAAAGGUGGUAUGAUGGAAGCCUGGGCGAUGAUCUCUUCCGAGCGAGGGCACAGUGUAUGGAUGUGAAUGCAAGGAGUUACAGGUGGUCUGAGUCCCGCAGCAAAGUGUUCCAGAUGUGUGAUUUGGGAGAGGAUGAGACGGUGGAACAUGUGGUGCUGGAGUGUGUAAAGUAUGCCAGAGACAGGAAUAAGAUGAUGCAAGUGAUACUGACUGAGUUAGGGCAUGAUAGGAAUGAAAGAGUGGAGAAGACAGGAAAGGAGUGGAUGGUGGUGUUGCUGGGACUGUGUAGAGAGGCGAAUGAAAGGAUGAUUGAGGCGGUGAGAGUUUCUGGAGAGAAUGUGGCAUGCCAGAUGUAGGAACAAUUAGUGCAGAGGAUGCUGUUCGUUUCUCUUUUUUUUUUUUCCCCUUCUACAGGAGUUGCCGAUCCAAAGGCCUGGCUUAGGAGUGAUCCCGGUGUGUACAAGUGGCUUUGUACUUGCUCUCUGAGUUUUCUCUGAGUUUUGUGGUUUAUUUUCUCUUGCCUGUGUGCUGAAAUACCCUGAAAAUGGUGAUGAGCGCAUGUGGUUCAUGCGAGGAGAGUGUGGCGAACAGGCAAAGGGCUGUGGCAUGCGAGAGAUGCAUGGCCUGGUUCCAUGUAGCCUGUGUGGGCAUGAGGGAGGCCAACAUGAAGGCGCUGGGGUUCGAGCUUCUGGUGUUCCUCUGCAGGGAAUGCCUGAGCAAGAGCCUCAAUGAGUGGAGGAACCAGGAUGAAGAAAAAGAGAGAGUGGAGCAGAGCACCCAGACAGAAAACCUGAUGAAAGGCAGAAGCACAGACGACGAAGACUGAAGAGAGAAAAGACCAGCAAGAAGUGGUGGAAGUGGCUAGAACUGACAGACACCCAAGGAAGAAGAGAAUGGUAAUCAAGAAGGCCCCAGUAUGUGUCAUUGGAGACAGCAUGGUAAGGAAGACUCCCGACUUUGUGAGAAGGGAAAUUGAGUGCACCAGCAUGGGAGGUGCUAAGAUCCAAGACGUCAAGAGGAAAGUCAAGGAAAAAGUGCAAGAAAUGGAAGAGAGAAGCCUGCUAGUGAUUCAAGGAGGAGGCAACAACUUAGUAGAGGCAGGUGCUGAAGAAACAGUAAAGGAAGUGAUAGAAGCAGUGAGGGCAGCAAAAGAAAAGAUGUGUGUGGCCAUGGUGGGGGUCCUGCGGCACCCACGGGAAGGAGUGCAGUACGAGAAGGUCAAAAGAGAAACGAACCGCAAGAUAUGCAUGGAACUCAUGAAGGUCAAGAUGGAAUGGAUGGCAGAGAAGAAGGGCAAUGUGAGCUUGCUAGACAUGGAUUGGAUCUUUGAUCCGCGGUCCACCUCAACCACAACGGGAAUGAGAGGCUAGGAUGUCGACUGGCUGGGUGGAUGAGGGCGAGGCAGGUGUGUUGUGUGGACGAGGCAUGACGAGGACCCACUGAUGUCAGCGAACAUGGAAGAGAAGAGACUACCCAGGGUUGUCACUGAGCAGAGCAACUAUGGAGAGGAGCAUCAUUGAGUGUGGCAGAAGGAUAUAAGAUGAAGUUUGUGAGACUGACUGCUGGAGAGCAGAAAGGAGAGCAUGAGGUACACCAGGAAUGAAGUUUAUGGACAGCCUCCUGGACAGUAGUAGGGGACAAUGGAGAGGGAUGGUCCUCAUGAGGAUGACAGCUGAAGGAAGUGAAUGGGCCUCCAUGGUUUUUUUUCCUUUUUUUUUUUUAUGUAGGAAGGAUACUGGCCAAGGGCAACAAAAAUCUAAUAAAAAAAAUGCCCACUGAAAUGCCAGUCCCAUAAAAGGGUCAAAGCAGUGGUAAAAAAUUGGUGGAUAAGUGUCUUGAAACCUCCCUCUUGAAGGAAUUCAAGUUGUAGGAAGGUGGAAAUACAGAAGCAGGCAGGGAGUUCCAGAGUUUACCAGAGAAAGGGAUGAAUGACUGAGAAUACUGGUUAACUCUUGCAUUAGAGAGGUGGACAGAAUAGGGGUGAGAGAAAGAAGAAAGUCUUGUGCAGCGAGGCCGUGGAAGGAGGGGAGGCAUGCAGUUAGCAAGAUCAGAAGAGCAAAGCAUGAAAAUAGUGGUAGAAGACAGCUAGAUAUGCAACAUUGCGGCGGUGAGAGAGAGGCUGAAGACAGUCAGAGGAGAGGAGUUGAUGAGACGAAAAGCUUUUGAUUCCACCCUGUCUAGAAGAGCAGUAUGAGUGGAACCCCCCCAGACAUGUGAAGCAUACUCCAUACAUGGACGGAUAAGGCCCUUGUACAGAGUUAGCAGCUGGGGGGGUGAGAAAAACUGGUGGAGACGUCUCAGAACACCUAACUUCAUAGAAGCUGUUUUAGCUAGAGAUGAGAUGUGAAGUUUCCAGUUCAGAUUAUAAGUAAAGGACAGACUGAGGAUGUUCAGUGUAGAAGAGGGGGACAGUUGAGUGUCAUUGAAGAAGAGGGGAUAAUUGUCUGGAAGGUUGUGUCGAGUUGAUAGAUGGAGGAAUUGAGUUUUUGAGGCAUUAAACAAUACCAAGUUUGCUCUGCCCCAAUCAGAAAUUUUAGAAAGAUCAGAAGUCAGGCAUUCUGUGGCUUCCCUGCGUGAUAUGUUUACCUCCUGAAGGGUUGGACGUCUAUGAAAAGACGUGGAAAAGUGCAGGGUGGUAUCAUCAGCGUAGGAGUGGAUAGGACAAGAAGUUUGGUUUAGAAGAUCAUUAAUGAAUAAUAAGAAGAGAGUGGGUGAUAGGACAGAACCCUGAGGAACACCACUGUUAAUAGAUUUAGGAGAAGAACAGUGACCGUCUACCACAGCAGCAAUAGAACGGUCAGAAAGGAAACUUGAGAUGAAGUUACAGAGAGAAGGAUAGAAACCGUAGGAGGGUAGUUUGGAAAUCAAAGCUUUGUGCCAGACUCUAUCAAAGGCUUUUGAUAUGUCCAAGGCAACAGCAAAAGUUUCACCCAAAUCUCUAAAAGAGGAUGACCAAGACAGUAAGGAAAGCCAGAAGAUCACCAGUAGAGCGGCCUUGACGGAACCCAUACUGGCGAUCAGAUAGAAGGUUGUGAAGUGAUAGAUGUUUAAGAAUCUUCCUGUUGAGGAUAGAUUCAAAAACUUUAGAUAAGCAGGAAAUUAAAGCAAUAGGACGGUAGUUUGAGGGAUUAGAGCGGUCACCCUUUUUAGGAACAGGUUGAAUGUAGGCAAACUUCGAGCAAGAAGGAAAGGUAGAUGUUGACAGACAGAGCUGAAAGAGUUUGACUAGGCAAGGUGCAAGCACGGAGGCACAGUUUCGGAGAACAAUAGGAGGGACCCCAUCAGGUCCAUAAGCCUUCCGAGGGUUUAGGCCAGCGAGGGCAUGGAAAACAUCAUUGCGAAGAAUUUUAAUACGUGGCAUGAAGUAGUCAGAGGGUGGAGGAGAGGGAGGAACAAGCCCAGAAUCGUCCAAGGUAGAGUUUUUAGCAAAGGUUUGAGCAAAGAGUUCAGCUUUAGAAAUAGAUGUGAUAGCAGUGGUGCCAUCUGGUUGAAGUAGAGGAGGGAAAGAAGAAGAAGCAAAGUUAUUGGAGAUAUUUUUGGCUAGAUGCCAGAAAUCACGAGGGGAGUUAGAUCUUGAAAGGUUUUGACAUUUUCUGUUAAUGAAGGAGUUUUUGGCUAGUUGGAGAACAGACUUGGCAUGGUUCCGGGCAGAAAUAUAAAGUGCAUGAGAUUCUGGUGAUGGAAGGCUUAAGUACCUUUUGUGGGCCACCUCUCUAUCAUGUAUAGCACGAGAACAAGCUGUGUUAAACCAAGGUUUAGAAGGUUUAGGACGAGAAAAAGAGUGAGGAAUGUACGCCUCCAUGCCAGACACUAUCACCUCUGCUAUGCGCUCAGCACACAAAGACGGGUCUCUGACACGAAAGCAGUAGUCAUUCCAAGGGAAAUCAGCAAAAUACCUCCUCAGGUCCCCCCAACUAGCAGAGGCAAAACGCCAGAGGCACCUUCGCUUAGGGGGAUCCUGAGGAGGGAUUGGAGUGAUAGGACAAGAUAAAGAUAUGAGAUUGUGAUCGGAGGAGCCCAACGGAGAAGAAAGGGUGACAGCAUAAGCAGAAGGAUUAGAGGUCAGGAAAAGGUCAAGAAUGUUGGGGGUAUCUCCAAGACGGUCAGGAAUACGAGUAGGGUGUUGCACCAAUUGCUCUAGGUCAUGGAGGAUAGCAAAGUUGUAGGCUAGUUCACCAGGAUGGUCAGUGAAGGGAGAGGAAAGCCAAAGCUGGUGGUGAACAUUGAAGUCUCCAAGAAUGGAGAUCUCUGCAAAAGGGAAGAGGGUCAGAAUGUGCUCCACUUUGGAAGUUAAGAAGUCAAAGAAUUUCUUACAGUCAGAGGAGUUAGGAGAGAGGUAUACAGCACAGAUAAAUUUAGUAUGAGAGUGACUCUGUAGUCGUAGCCAGAUGGUGGAAAACUCGGAAGAUUCAAGAGCGUGGGCACGAGAGCAGGUUAAGUCAUUGCGCACAUAAGCACAGCAUCCAGCUUUGGAUCGAAAAUGAGGAUAGAGAAAGUAGGAGGGAACAGAAAAGGGGCUACUGUCAGUUGCCUCAGACGCCUGAGUUUCAGUGAGGAAAAGAAGAUGAGGUUUAGAAGAGGAGAGGUGGUGUUCUACAGAUUGAAAAUUAGAUCUUAGACUGCGAAUGUUGCAGAAGUUAAUGAAGAAAAAGUUGAGGGGGGUGUCAAGACACUUAGGGUCGUCGACAGAAAGGCAGUCCGACCUGGGGACAUUUAUGGUCCCCUCCCCAGAUGGGGACUCCAAGGCUGGUGUAGGAGUUGCCAUGAUUUUAAAAUUUUUGGGUGAAGGGUGUGUGUGUUAUUAGGUGCUUGUAGUUUUGUGAGGAGGAAGAGAGUUGUCUUUAGAGGGCAGGCUGUGACUGCCCCCUUGUGUUGUGAGACACAAAGGGAAACGUUCAGUGAGGUCACAGCUGGGUUUAAUGAUAAGUUCACAGCACCCCCUGAACAGUGCUUUAGACCUCACUGGGAGUAAUUAUCAUUUCAGCAGGUGUCUACUGCCUCCUCCUCCUAAUGUUGCUGGUGUCACAUGGCAGGGACUCCAGUAAUGUGAGGUGAACCUCAACAGUUUGUUGGUAUUUUCUGUUAGGGACAGGUUGGCGAUGUUUGAGUGUCUGUCACAACAUGUCGCACCAGGAUGACACCAAGUGUCACAUCCUGUCAUCUCCUGGUUAUGGUGAGGCUGACAUCCAGUUUUCUUGUCACACUCCCAAUUUCCUCCCUUACCAUCUCCAUCACACAGCAUCCACCUGUAUUCAGUAAUCCAGUCUUCAGAGUUCUGGGAGAAGUGAAUGUCCCCUUCUCUUAAUGGCUGUCUUAUUGUAGGAAAAAACAUACAGAAGAAAGGUAUAUAAUGAAACCCUUAAAUUUGUAACUAAACAAUCAUUUAUUUUACACAAUACAUGACUAUGCUGGCAAAAGACCACUUUUAUAAAUAUAGAAAAGAGAUAGAGCUCAUCUGUACCUUUGAUGGCUUCUGCACAUGGACAAACCUCUGUAAAUUGCUAUCUACUAAUGUACUGUACAUUCAUUAUAUAUUAGAGUGUAUUCUGUGAACUUAUGUAAAUCACACCAUUAUGCAACUGAGAUAAUCCGGCAUCACUUCAGGUAUACAAGAACCAUUUGCUCACAAAUAUACAGAUAAGAAUCACAUUCACCAAAAAGAAAAAAAAAAAAAAAAUCCUACUCUAUUGACUUAGACUAAACAAAAGAAAAAUAAAUAAAUUACACAUCUAAGUGUAUAACAACUCUUGCAUAAACAUCUUUCUAGUAUAUGGACCAAAGAGUGUCUACAUGGUUUGUUUAACUGGUAACAAAAGUACAUCUGUUGCUGUCCAGUAACACAGCCAGUAGUGGUCAGACUGUGUAGCCAAUCCCGUCACUGCUGUUCUUGCUGCCAGAAUGCUGUGUGCGAGAGGUGACAAGGGGCUAUCACAUGAAUGGCAUUCUCUCUCUCUCUCUCUCUCUCUCUCUCUCUCUCUCUCUCUCUCUCUCUCUCUCUCUCUUUUUCUCCACACACACACAUGGUGGGAUUAGCCAGUAAAUGGGGAUGUAGUAAAGGCUUAUUGAAAAUAACAGUUUAUUUUACUGUAGUGAUAAUGAUGAUAGAUUAUCUGACAACAAUGGCAGUAUGUUACGAGUUUGGUUAUUUACUACCACAAUCCAGGAAUGGCGCCCAUUGCCUGCCUUGACUUUCUCUAUGGCUAUCUAAUGGAAAGGUUCUAGUACAAUAUAGGUGCCAAGCAUCUGAAGACCAAAAUGCCAGCUUGGGUCGAACCCAGAAGUUAGUAGAUGUCUUUGUAGCAAUAAAUUGCCCAUCACAUUGUAAGGAGAGAAUGGUAGAAAUGAGAUUAGUCAAAAGGAUAUCUAGCUCUGAUAUGAAAGAUCAUUUUAUGUGAUUGUGACAGGUGAGUCAUGUGUCACCAACUUGCAUGCCUGUAAUUUUGCCAUGGGUUUUCCAUGGCAGAUAUACUCGUACAUUGUCAAACAGGCGUGCAGGUUGAUGACAGGGAACUCACCACAAACACAGUUAUGGUGAUAUUAUCAAGCAAAGUGAAAACUUGUAAAAGUGAAACAAUUUUACAUUUAUGUACUUUUAUCUUAGCUCUGCCAUUGGAUCCUGAUGUGAAAAAGAUCAUGAAUGCUGCGUAACUGACUGACCCUUGUGCAGUGUGGAUUGGUGAAGAGUAGAGAGAAGACCAAAGAUGUAAAGGUAUGCUUAUGAAUGUUUGAAUGUGUAUGCAUUGGAGGCCGUGGUGAGAAGAGGGCAAGGGAGGGAUGGGAGUGUUUUUCUAUUAGGUGAAUGACUGAGUUUAUAAACAUGCUGUGGGUGACAUACUGUGGGGCCUGUGGGCUGUGGUGGGUGGGUGGGUGGGUGACUUUUUCUAUUAGGUGAGGGGCUGUGGUGAGUGACUGUGGGUUUAUAAACAUACUGUGGGGCCUGUGGGCUGUGAGAGAGAGAGAGAGAGAGAGAGAGAGAGAGAGAGAGAGAGAGAGAGAGAGAGAGAGAGAGAGAGAGAGAGAGAGAGAGCACAC